AUGUAGUUUUGUGGGGGUCGGGCAAAAUGAAAAUAUUUUGGGAGUUUGGUGUAAAUCAUGAACGAAACGUGUGACCACCUCAUCAAACCAAAAUCUCGUCUGACUAUCUGAAAUUAGCAGAGCUGUUGUAAAAGUGUCGUAAAAUGUGAUUUUCGUGGCAUAACUGUUUUUGUGUCCGCGACGCGAACCGUGAGUCAUACAUCCUUUCUUUGCUUGUUAGCGAGUAACAUGGAUAUCCCAAUUCCAAAACCUAGAAGAAACUCACCGUUAAAACCAAGUCAGGACGAGGCUCCUAAAAAGCCAGUCCCUUUACCAAGACAAAGACAAGGAAAGGGUUCUGACUGUGAUAGCAGUGAAACGGAUAAUGUGACAGCAGACAGAAGUAUGAAGCAUUUAGAUCGUUCUCCGUCGAAGCAGCCGUCGUCGAGGUCCAUAAGGAAAGAAAUUGAAGCUGCAUCGGAAGCAGUACGGGAGAAAGGAAGGACAGCAUUUGGUAAUACGAAGAAUGCAAGCUUGAAACUGGAAAAAUCGUUUCGUAGCAUUGGCAAAAGAUUAACAGUGCAUUCUCUUGGUAAAAACACCGAUGUCGGUGUGGAAGAACCCAAAGUAGAGAGGAGUCAUUCACUUCCUGCCGAAAAUAUUUUUCAGUCAAUUUCUUUUAAGUCACCGUUGGUCGCGGAUGAUUCAGCUGAGACAUUAGUUAACCUAUGUGAAUCAAAUGAUGACGAUUUUCAGUCAUUUAACGCGCCUCCACCCAUAUAUCCCCCGCCCCCAUUACCUGAUGAGUCUGUGUAUGAUGAAGUUCAGUCGGUGUUGAGCCAUUCAAGUCUAGCAGAUGAGGAAUGUAUCAGAUGUAGUAGUGCAGCAUCUUGCCCAGACAGUGCCUCUGUUUAUGAGGAGGUAUCAAUCUCAAAUAGAAGAAUUGUGACAGCUAAAAGUAUGUUGGGAAACAACGAUGUUCAGGCGGCACUUAGAAAGUUGUCCAUAUCUGAUACAUUGCCAUCAUCCGGUUCAUCAAAAUGUUCAGAGAUGGCACUUGACAGUAAGUCUAGACAUGACAUUGCAAGCAUUUUUGACGAGAGCCUUGUCAGCGGAAGAAAUUCUGUUAGCAACAGUAGUAUAUCACCGUCAUUACUUAGUGAAUUAGACUUGUCAGAAUAUAAUACUAGCCCUGAAGAAAUAUUUGAAGAUGACCGAUACAGUUGUUCUAUGCAGUCCAAUGUAUCUAGUGCUUUCAGUGUUCAGAAUGAACUAUAUGAUAAGUGGGAACCAGAUCUACUGUCAAAACCACCAGGAGAUUUAUUCAGAAAAAAAGGAGAAACAAGACGUGCUGGUUUGCCAGCAAAUUCAGUAAUAUAUGAAUUUGAUCCCUUGUUUAAAAGUACUCCUGAGUCAAAGAAUGCUACUGACAUUGAGUUUCAGUCACUGCUGCUGGGUGAUGCAACGGCAGUAGCAACAGAUUCACCAUAUGGAAAAAUUAGCAGAGUUAUAUAUUCUACAAUUCCUGAAGCCCCCAAGGAAUGUCCCCCUAUUCCACCUAGGAGAUCAGACUCUGUUACUGUUAAUCCUAAAGUAACUGGUAGUAUUGUUAUUGAUGACAGUGUUAUACAACAAGAUUAUCAGAAUAUAAGCAGGAAUGUUCCUGCAUCAAUAGAAACUGUAUUGAUAGUUGACCAAGCACCAGAGGAGAGAUCUGUGGAUGACUCUGUUUCUCAAGUAGUCAGUACACCAGUCAAAUCGAGAAAAUCAUUGGUAAGGUGGUCAAGCAUGAAAAAUGCUAUGAAAUUUGUAUCAGACUCUUCCUGGUCACCCACUCUCACAAGACGUAACAAUAAACUUGAGAAGACAAAAAAGCAAGAAGCUUCUUUGUUUUAUGAAACUGAUUCACAGGUGGACCUGGAACCGCCAUUAGUGCAACCACAGAUGUCUAAGUUGCACAGUGGACUCUUGUAUAGAUUAAACAGCAAAAAAUCAAAUGAUUAUGUUGAACGCUGGUGUAGCUUAGCAGAGGGGAAAUUAUCCACUUAUAUGGACAAAAGUAUGAUUGUUGUUAAAGAUGUAAUUCAGCUGGCAAGUGUUAUGAGUAUACAUGUUGUUCUGGACCACAAGAUAAGCUGUGAUGGUGAUUGUUUUGAAAUCACGUUAGUUAAAGGCCAGUCUAAUACAUUUGGCACCUCUGGAUCUGCCGAGCGUCGCAUAUGGAUGCAGAAAAUAUUAGAAAGUAUUACUUCAGUUUUUCCAACAAGGAUCACAGCAGAGUACACACGAGCAGGAUGGUGUUUCUUAAAGGAAGGUAUUAAUGGGAUAUGGCACACUGGAUGGAUUUUAAUUACUGAGAGAACACUUCUGUAUUGCAUUACCAAUGGUGCUGUUCAAGAAGCUGAUCUGCGGAAGGCAAGAUAUGUUGUUUUGCAACCAGUAGAAAAAGAUUCAAUUGUCCCACAAGUAUUAGAAAAUGGUCCUCUCGUGGUUGCUGAUUUCCACACAGGGCUAGCCUUGUACCUAAGAUUAAAUAUACAAAAUGAAGCAGCAGCAUGGCAGAAAGCAAUUCACAGAGCAGCAGUUAAUAAUGGCUUGCAUCUCCAUGAGCAGCAACUGACUCGAGAUGAUGUUCCUGUUAUUGUUGACAAAUGCAUUAAUUUCGUAUAUGCUCAUGGAAGUUUGUCUGAAGGCAUAUAUCGACAUGCUGGAAAAAACUCAAAUGUUACACGGCUUCUUGCAUUAUUCAGAAAAGACGCAUGGCAUGUUCACCUUGCCAAAACCGAUUUUUCAGAGUAUGAAGUUGCAACAGUCUUGAAGCGAUUUUUCAGAGAGUUGCCUGAAUGUCUUUUCACUGCUGAACUUCAUGAUCAUUUAUGUGAAAUUGCCGCUGGAAAAUAUGGAAGGGAGCGCACCACUUGGUACAGCAGGGUCCUCGAGAAAUUACCUCCAAUAAAUUAUGUAACUGCUCGAAAGUUGGUUGGCCACCUCUAUUUUAUACAUGAACAAUGUGAAAAAAAUCGAAUGCCAGUUGAUAAUUUAGCGGCUAUUUGGGGACCUACGCUCAUGCAUGUGGAGUCUGAUGACACACUGGAUGCUUCCCAGGCUGAAGUUUCUGUUGUGGCAGAUCUAAUCAGGCAUUAUCCAGAACUGUUCAGGGUUGAUAACGAGGAACUGCAACGGGAGAAACGCAUGCUUGAAAUCCUAGAGCGCUACCACCACAGCAAUAACAACAUGUCUGUGAAGCAGACAGGAGAAUUUAAAGUCUGGAUUCAUUUAGAAGCAAAAGAUUCUGGAAAUUGUGUUAGUGUAACGAUUGGCCCACAGAAAUCAGCUGGUGACAUUUGCAUGGAAUUAGCCAGCAAAAUGAACUGGCCUGGGCACAGACUUGUUCUUGAGGAAGUGAUAUGUAAUGGUGAACUGACAAGACCUCUACACUAUACAGAAAAGGUCCUUGAUACUGUUCUAAGGUGGGGAUACUGGGACGAUGCUGAUCGCAAAGAUAACUGUUUGGUGCUGUGCAGGAACACAGUUUUGGAGGAAGUAGCUCCUCUUGCAAAACCUCCACUCUCAAUGUGUGGUGAACUAAAAUUUGCUGACCGGAAAAAUAAGUCAUUCAAGAACUUUCUGUUUGAGUUUAGUCAAGCUAAACUUUGCUAUUACAGGGAUAAAGAUGGUUCCAUAAAAAUAAAUGAAUGGAAAAUUGAAGAUAUUGUAUGGUAUGUUGGACAUGAAUCAAAACGAAAUCCACAUAUGAGGUGGGCAAUAACUUUUGUGGAGAAAAAUGGCAAAAGAAAUCGGUCAAAAGAAACUCCGUAUUUUGGAUACACAAUUGCUGGUUCAUCACGUGAAGAGCAGCUGCGUUGGAUGGCAGCUAUGUUAAUAGGUGAAUAUCCACAAGGAAUUUUGCCAUCACCUAUGCUGUUAGAAUGAAUUGUAAUCAUAUUAUCUGGGUACUGUUUUAAGAAGGACUUCGUCCGGUAUUGUUGCCUUUCAAAACAGGAAAAGACAAGUCUGCUUCUGUGACUAUAAUCAUUGUGGACAUAGAGCAUUCUUUUUAAUGUAAUCAAUGCAGCCACUUUGCUUGUAUGUUUUUUUUCUAAUUUUUAUCCCAAUCAAAGUGAUAUUUGUACAGUAUCAAUUUAGUGAUCACUUGCUUGGCAAGGAUGGAGAGGUGCACUUUUAACUUCAUUGUUAUGUAGAUAAUUUGUCAGUUUUUGGACAAUUUGUUGUCUUUACAUUAUUUUCAUUGUGGCUUGAUACUGAAAUGAACUGAUAUAAUGAACAAACAAUUUGUUUUUGAUGCUAGAUUACCUGAAAAUGGAAGUGUGUACCUCUUUUAUUCAUUGUAACAAAAAUGUGGAAUUUUUUUAUCUAAAUGAAUUUAUAAAAAUAUUACAUGCAUAAGAAUCACUAUUUAAUAUAUUUGGAAGAAAACUAGAUAGUACAAAAAAAUCUGUGUAAUUUUCUUUUUAAUUAGUCCUUGACAGAUAUUUUUGUAACUGGCUAUUGUAUCUUGUAUUCUGCAGAUAUCAUUAUUGGUUCCUGAGUUUGCUUAUCUUAUUUGUAAAAGACGUAUAAUAAUACUGACAAAUCAAUGAAACCAAUUUACAGUUGUAAUGAAUGUUUCUUCCUCGAUGAAUCUCGUGAUGAAAUAUAAGUUUUGUAAAACUUGUGUUUAUAUGAAUGUAUUGAAAUGUCAAAAAAUGCUAAAGCAAAACUUGUGUUUUUCCUGUAUGCAGCACGAUGAUGUGCUAGUAAGGAAGUUUAGCCAACAGUUUGUGAUGUGGCAGCUGUGGGGUUGUGAGUUUUGUCAUGACUUUAAGUGAAAAUUUUAUUAGACAUAUUACAUAUUGAGCACUUUUUCUCUUCAGACAAGUUCUCUCCAUUUGUGGUUAUCAUUGUUGUUUUUCCAUUGUCAGUACUGUCCAUGGGAUACGGCUCUUGAGAUUUUGUGCAGUUAUCCUGUGGUAUUUUUCCAAAUUGUCUCUUUGUUUCUGUAAAUGUAGAGUCUGGUAGACUUUGUCUGGAGAACGAGAUAUAUGGUAUGGUCAGUGAAUCUCUAAAGUUCUUUCAGCUAACUGCUAAUGAGAAGUGUAGAACGAACCAGAUUAAUACAAUCCACUGUGUUUUAGAAGUGGGGCGUCUUCAUAUUUACUGAAAUGUCCUGAUGCAAUUUUUUACCGUGUGCCCACACAGUGUGAAUUUGUAAUGAGAAAUAUAUUUGCAGGUAUAUACAUAGCCUCAGUCUCUGUUAUUCUUGCUUGAAGAAAUUAUUUUGCCAUCUCCCUUUCUAUGUAAGAUGUAAUUACAUUUUAGGAAAAAAAUAAUGGUAUGUAAAAUUAUUGAGUUAAUUGUGGUAGCAAAUAGUGGUAUCGCAACAUUCUGGGUCUGCAUAUCCUCUUCUGUGUAUUUUGUUCUCUCUGUCAUAACUCUGAUUCAUAUAAAUAUUUACUAUUAGUAAUCCUGCUGCUCACCAUUUAUUUUGAACCCUGCACUGGAUAAAUUUAGGUGGCAGUACUUUUCCUUUGUGUGAUGCCCUCUCAGUACAUUUUCUGCUGCCAGCCAGCUGUGUGUGUGCUUUCAAGGAGGGAGUGUGUUUCUGCUGCCUGUCAUACUUCAUAAAGCAAGUUAUCAUUCAAACAAAGAUGAGCUACUCACAAAAUUUCCUUUGUAUUUGGCGUCUACCAUCUUGCUGAAUACCUUUAAGUGGGCCCUAAAUGUUUCAGUGCAAGAACAAACACACUCCACUGGAGGAAAACAGUUUUAUGGUUUUUUUCUGACGCACAACACACUAUGUGAACUAAUAAGUAGCUCAGUUGUGAGUUCUUCCAAUCCUCUUCUGUUCUGCAUGUAUUCAUGGAUUUUUCAGUUUGGCACCUUUCAUGUUUCACAUGUUAUCCUAUAAUUGUCUGUCAGUUAGUAUCUUCUUUUCUCCAUUACUCUUUCAUUUAACAUAAUCAGUUAGGAUUUACAACAGUAAUUAGAAAAGCAUGGAAACAUUAUAUUACUACCAUUGUUUCUUCUAAGAGAUGCAAGUCUUAUGCUAUUCUGGGAGAGUGGCUUCAGUUGAGGGAUAACAGUGCCACUGACCUGGUAGCUGAAAUAUGAACAUCAGCUGGAAAAUGGAUAAAAAGUCAGGAUACAAUAAAAGAAAGAAACAACUGAUUAACAGAAAAAGAAUUUUGUAUUGUGUAUACCAGCUCGAUAAAAAUUAGGAAGUUCAUAACUUAUAAAUAAUUGCUGUGGUUAUCCUGUGAGAACUGUCAGAGUUGUAAAGAAAAUGUGGAACUUACAUGUGGGAAUUAGUACCUGAGAGUUAUGGUUGUGCCAUGUUUGUUUGAACCACUAGCUAGUGUACGUUUCACAUGCCUCUCAUUUCUGUCUUUUUAAUGUCAAUGUCAGUGUUGUGAAGGAAUGUAACUCUGUUAUGACAGCUUGUAUAUGUUGGACAAGUUUCAUAACAGAAGUAAAUAGUUAAUGAAUUGGGAACCAGUGUUACAGAAGAAACAGUAUUUUCUAUUGUAUUACUAUGACGUUACUUAUUGAUUUUUAAAUAGCAUUUAACACUGAUACCAAGUAUCUAUGAAAUACAGAGUAUUUAAAUUAUAAGACUGUCUAUAAUACUGCUUAUGUUUCUUUCAAGGUAAUAGAUGUCAUAUUUUUGGAGUAUUUGAAUAUAUUGCAAAUAAUGAUUUCUUGUAUAUAGUGUAGCUUUUGUCAUUCAGAAAUGCUGUUCAUGAGACAAUGUGGGUCAGUUUAUAAUAAGCCCUAUUAGCAGAGCCUUCCCUCAGACAUGAAGGCUGUAUGUAACUUGAGUUGAUGACAUUCUGCUAAGGAGAAUGGGGAAACCCCAUUACCUGUUUAAAAUUCGAAUACAGGCACAAUGUGUUACUUUGGGGUACAAGUAUUCAUAAAUGGCAGCUUUCAACUGUCAUAUUCAUUUUUUAAAACUUUGUGAUGUCUUAUCUUGUAUAAGACAACACAGAGUAUAUGAUCAUGUGUAAUGAAGUAUGAGGAGCAGCGUAACAAUUAAAUGUUUAGUUGCAUUAAAACAGUAAAUGCAAAAAAGAUAUUUCCUCUUUAAUAAUGAACACCAAUUAGUGUUGCUAUCAUUCCAAUGUAUAAAGCUUGUGCAGUGUUCUCUAUGCUGUGUGUAUCAGCUUCCUGCUGUUAUCUUACUAUACAUGAUGGUUAACUGGUAAUAUAGAGCUUCAGAAAUUUUAGAACUGGUGUAAAUAUAUCAUAGACUGUUUCUUUGUAUUAAAUGUUAUUUUUCAGAAUUUUUAUAUUUUGUAUAAAGAUCAAACAUAUUAUUCUCUUGAGUUGUAAUUUGAAACAAAUAAAAAAUAUACCUCUAUUUUAGUAUAGUACUUAAAAGCAGAUUUUAUGUGUGUAAAUAAUGUGUGGAAAAGAAUUCUAAAUUUUUAAGCACUUUUACAUUACAAUUUGCCUCAUAUAGAGUGCCCCACAUCAUUUACUAUAAUAAAACAAAUACAUUCUUUGUUUACUCAUUGGACUCAUGUGUCAUCUUUUGCUUGGAAAGUUUUAAAUUAAUGAAAGUGUUGUACAUUAUAUAUAUUUUUGGCAAGUACUUGUGCAGUGGCUGCACAAUUUGGAGAACUUACUAGCAUUCCAUUGUAUUUUAAUAAUGUUCAUCCUUUUCCAGAAGUUAUUCCAUGGUAGGUAGAAAUGUCCUUGCCGGAGGUGCUCAGACCCACUUCUUGUACUUUGGUAUUGAUAUAGUCCAAAAUUUGUAAUACUGUUCUGUGUAAAGAAACAUUGUUUAUGAUUUUGUAGAUUUGAUGUCUGAUGGUAUAACAUUUUUUUUUGUAUAUUUACUACUGGCUGAUCAUAUUGUCAGUCCACUGACAACUUCUAUGAUAAAAUUUAAAUUCAUAAAAGGUACUUUCACAAAAUAUGAUGUUAUUCCUUAUGUAGAAGGAAUUUCUUGUGGAACAUACUAAGAACAACAAAAAUGUCAGAUGGCUUCUUCUUAUUUUGUGAAAAAUGAGACUGUAGACUUUGAAUAUGCAUUUAGCACAAUGAUAUUGUCACAUUUGCAUGAUGAUUUUUACAUUGUUUUUGGGUUGGAGGAUAUAUUUUCCAACCAGGCAUUUCUAACCAUUCAGAAAGUCGUGUCUUCCAGCUGCACACUUUUAAAAUAUUCUGACAUACAUUUACAAUGAUAUUCAGAUAAAAUACAAAUGCAAUUCAUGAUAAAAUUACUGCAAAUACAAAAGUCUUAUACCUUUCUCUACAUGCGAGAUAUGGGACCAAAGAAUUCAGCUCAGCUUUCAGGGCUGUGGGGGAAGUCAAGACAUUUAGCUUCCUGAGAGAGAGAGAGAGAGAGAGAGAGAGAGAGAGAGUGUGUGUGAGUGUGAGUGUGAGUGUGUGUCAUCAGCUGUAGGCAUUUGGAUUUCAAUGAAAGUUUAAGAAUUUAACACUGUGCAUGAGCUUUCAGAAUCCAAUGUCUGAUUUUUUGAGAUUAAUUGGACAAAGUAGAACAACUAAAGGCUGCAAGGUGUGUGUGUGUGUGUGUGUGUGUGUGUGGUUGGGGUUUGGGGUGGGGGGCCAGGGCAGCGGUUUGAGCGGUUUGCACACCCUUCCAGUGAUACUGAGUUUUCGAGUGAUUUAUGCAUUUCUUUAUCACCUUGUAUUAUCUUCUGUUAUGCCUCUGUUUUUUUUCCAUCAUAGAGGAGUAUUUCAAUAAUACAAAAGCUCAAAACUCCUUUUUUUUUUUUUUUAUCUCCACACUUCGACCUUCUAUUUCAAGAACAUCACUUUUGUCUCCUGUUUUGUAAUUUAUAACUUCUGUUUUGGAUUUUACUGUUUAGAUUUUACAUUAUUUGUGUUAUUUAUUAUUUAGAUGUGAAUGAGCAGAAGCAUUCUUAAUUCAUUAUUUUGAAACUUCACAACAAUGUUUAAAUAACAGGAAAUUGAUCUGUAUGGUAAUAUCCUUUGAAGGCUCAUUCAUUAUAACCAUAAGAGAUUUUGUGCUUUAAAAAGCUUUUUUCAACUGCAGUCUCUUUUUUGGUGCUUUUAGUAUUUGUAAAUUUGUUAUAUUCUCAGUAAUUUCUAGUCAUGUCACUGGCACAUUUCUUUAAUUAAAUUUAUAUGAUUGAUUGUGUCUUA